AUGGACGCUGGCGGUCUGUCUCAAAUGAACUACAACAGCAACUUCAACAACAGCACCUCCCUUGGUGUGCCUGGCUCCGGGUUUGCUUCUCGAGGCAAAGGGUCUCAUAUCAAGCGCCUGAGCGUACCUCCCAAGAUCGCCACGAUUGAUGAAUCUCUGGUCUCGGCACCCUUGGCAACUCCUCGCACCAGCCGUUCGCAUCUUCUGGCUGGCCUGAGAACCGCGCCUCGGUCUGCCACGCUUCCGUCGCACCAGCAGCACCAGCAGCAAUAUCAGCACCAGCACCAGCAGCGCAACGGUGCGGACAUAUCUCGACACGGAAACCACAACGUUCGUGGGAGUGAUCGUGUUCCGCAAACUGCCACGGGAGCCGGAUUCCCGCAGCACACCUUUGCCCAACCUCAGGUCUCGAAUACGCACUAUGGUCGGCCCAUGUACACGACUCCGGAGCAGGUCCUCGCACCUCCGACACUCGAUGUGGGCGGUGACAAUGGCAUCGACGAAAACUUGUACGCUGAAUUGAUGUCUACCAAUCUUUUUCUUGCCGCCCAACAGCAGCGUCUGCAGCAGCAGUUGAUCAGUGUCACCGCAGCUGCCCAGCAAUUCCAAGGGCUGAAUUUGGGGGGGAUGAAUCGCGUCCAACAGCAGUCUGUUUCUGGGCUGCCGAUGGGAGGCGGUAUGGGGUUUUACCAGCAACAGCUCCAGCAAGGUGUUCAGCCCGUGGUGCAGCCCGUUCCUGGGCAGCCUGGAUGGUUCUCUGUGUACAAUCCCCUCACGGGCCAGCAGAGCUAUGUUAUGGACAACAGCUUCCAAGAGGUUCCGCGCCGAGAUUUCUCCCCGAUCGAGCCUGUCAUGUCGCCAGUUCAAUCCCUUCCACCAGUCUCUCCACCCAGCGGCACCCCAUCGCCUCCAAACGACCCCAAUGCCUUCCGCCGCAGUAACCGCAAGGGAGCGCUCUUCAACUCGGCGUUGAAGUCUGCGAUCGAUACAACCAAGGCCAACAGCAUCGGAAGCGGUCCACGGUCUGCUGCUCUGCCGCCCACUCCCGCUACUGGAACCUUUGGUCCCGGCCAAGCUCGCGCUGGUGAGCAUCCUACCCGCCAACCCCGCGGACCCCCCUCGCUCGAAGAACUUGUUGCCAAGCCGACCUCAAAGCACGAAGGAAGCAAGAAUUUUGCAACCCGUCAGCGGCGUCGUGCGGUUCAUAGUCUUGUGCGUGCUGGUAUUGAGCGCCGCGGUGAUACCCGCAGCUUCGGAUAUAGCAGCGGCGGGACCAACACUCCCGCCAGUGAGAAGGAGUUUGCUUUUUCUGACGGCGAUGAUGCGACUGUCCGGAGUGGAAGCCUCUCCAGCAAGCCCAGCCUGGGCAGUCUCCGUGCUGUUGCCAAUGGAGCCAUUGGUUCUGAGCGGAAGGAGAAGAAUGGUCGGGAGCGCAAGUCACCCGACAGUCCCUUUCUGAGUGCGACACCAACAAGCGAGGACGGCUACUUUGGGUCCAAACUCUCAGACACUGUGUCGUCGCCGAGCUCUGGCACUACCUCACCUUCUGUGGCUGCUAUCGUUGCUGGUCAGGGACAAGCCACGCAAGCGAACGAACGCCGAAAGACGCCCAUGCUUGUGUUAUCCAGCGCUGAAAAGCGCAAGACUCCUUUUGUGUAA